CUGAUAAAGAGGAGAGCGAGCUCUCACCGAACCCACCAAUGAGGACGCGAGAAGCUGUUGAUUGACGUGCGCUCUGCCCAAUAGGAUCGCUUGGGAAAUUGUGUUUACACCCGCCCCCUUUUCCGUACAAGGCGACUGUUUUGUCUGCAUGUUUCAGUGAGUGGACAUCAUGGUGUGGGAGGUGGUCACUCCAGCUGUGCUGUCAAGUGACCCCAAAUACACGGACGUGCAGGAACCAGAGCCUCAGGCUGAGCACACAGGAAUGAUGAUGGACGCCGACGGGGACCAAUUGCGCGACCCGCUCCGUUGUGACGAGCACUUCCCCUCCUCGCUCGGCUUCCCCACCAGUGACAGCUACAUGGAAUAUGACGACCUCCCGGAGCUAGAGGAGGUCCAAGAAGAAUCGACGGCAGCACCUGUUUACCAGGUGGAGCUGGGCGUGUCGCACCAUGAGCGGCGCGCACACCUGCAAGCGCACAGUCCACAGCUUCCAGAGACGCACUGGCUGACACAGCUGGCGCACAUCGCCACCGGACCUCAGAGCCCACUGUUACAGGAGUCUCCUUACAGGAGCCCUUCUGCCGUCUGCGUCCCGAGCACCAGCAGCGAUCUACAUUCCUACGCUCGGCCUCCUCCUCCUCUCCCCAGCGGCACCAUGUCGUCCCUCAGGGGUCACGGCAGGGAGCGUCAGCGCAGCAGGACGAGCAGUGAAUGUGGCUCUGCGGUGUCAACCAGAUCCUCUCUGUCUGAUGAAGAAGAUAUGGGUUGGAGCUUUUCCUGCCCACCCACCGCCUGGCACUGCUUUCUCAAAGGAGCACGCUUGCGUUUCCACAGUGGACGUAAUGUGGAGUGGCAGGACGCUGAGGACUUGGAGUCUUGUGAGGAAGACUCUGCAGACGAGGAGCAGUCCAGAUUUCUGAAGAGUUAUGGCUCGGAGGGUUUGCAGCUGGUGGAGCACGCAGAGAUCGUGCUGUCCGGUCAGGCCGUCCUACAGCUGACCUUUGACCCCGGGGCAUUUGGAUGUACCCCCGUGACCGCCCGCUGCCAGCUAGACCACCCCUUCUACGUCAAAAACAAAGGGUGGUCGUCAUUUUACCCGAGCCUGACCGUGGUGCGCUAUGGGAUACCGUGCUAUGAAAUGGAGGUGGGAGAUUUGUGCCUCCCUCCAGGACACAGAGACGCCAAGCACACGGAUGAUUCACUGGUGUUUGACACAUUUAAAAGUUAUGACUUCACUCCUCUGGACUCCUCUGCGGUGUACGUGUUGAGCAGCAUGGCCCGACGGCGACGGGCCUCCCAGUCCAGCGGGGGAGCCGUUUCCCCAGACAGAGACACGUUACGAGACACACACAGCCCCAGCCAUUCCCACUCCACUCAGCGAAAGCCUGCAGCCAAAACCCAGCCCGCCGGUGCGCAAGGAGGCAACGGCGCCGCGUCCAACAAGUGCAAGCGGCCAAUGAACGCCUUCAUGCUGUUUGCCAAGAAGUUCAGAGUGGAGUACACGCAGAUGUACCCCGGCAAGGACAACAGAGCCAUCAGCGUCCUCCUCGGCGAGCGGUGGAAGAAGAUGCGAACGGAGGAGCGCCGCACGUUCACCCUUCAGGCCAAAGCACUCGCCGACGAGCAGAAGAGGCUAAACCCCGACUGCUGGAAACGCAAAAGAACCAACUCUCAGGGCUGUCAAGGAAAUUAAGGCUAGAUGAGAAGAGGACGUUUGACAGAAGCCUGAGGAGUAAACACACGCGCAUAUUCAGAAGUGACAAGGAAUAGAUGUUAUGCAUAACCUAAAACAAGAUUCUCUUGUUCCAGAAAAGAAAAAAAAAAGAAAAAGAAAAAAAAAGCAGCCUUCGCUUUUAGCAAACACUCGGAGCCGCUCUCCUUCGCUUUUAACGGGGGGCUACGCGCGACGUUAUCAAGUGCUUUAAAUCAUUAUUUGUCUGUAAAUCUAACGCGGUGUCAAACGUUGCCUUUUAAUGCUGCAGAGCACCACAGUGCCUUCUGAUGGAGAGGACUUUUUUUUUUUUUUUUUUUCCAAACAAAGUCACGAAGCAGAUCAACGGGUUUUUUUUCUCUUCCAGAGUUCACCUCCACGUGUGAUUUUACAGCAAUGUGACAAUACAAAAAAAAAAAUACAGAGGUUCUGAUUGUCUUCAGAUUCUCACCAUAUGCUUGAAACAAGUGGAAGUUGUGGUGCUGUAGCAUUUUAGCCAAAGUAGAGAAUGUAGCUAUUUUCCCAAAAUUAUAUAUUAUAUAGAAAGAAACAAUUUAUUUUCUUGCCUGUAUGACUUGGACUCAGUGUUAUUGCACAAGACUAUAUAUAUAUAUAUAAAUAUUAACUUUGCUUUAAUGUAAUUUAUCACGUAGUAUUUAGUUAUUAAACAAAUGUUUAUCAUAUAUUCUUAAAUAGGGGCCUGGGUUUUUAAUUCAGCUUAAUUUGAGAGAAUGAGGCUUUUAUUAUGGAGAGUUGUGUUCCCUUCUUUGUUGCGGUAAGAGUUAGUUUCCAUUAGUGCAACUAUUUUUCACAUUUGAGGUACCCGUGGAGUUUUUUUUUUUUUUUUUUGAAACAAACAAAAAGUUGAGUUCAGUUCAUUUCCGUGAGGUGUAAAUAACCUUGGACUGCAUUCCUCAGAAAACAAUGGCAGAAGGCAGACUGCUGCAUGCCCCGACUCAUUACUGCCACCUGUUGGUCAGCCAUGGAUAAGGCCAUGUGUGCGCACCCUUAUUUGUGGGUCUUUCAGAGCAUAAACAAACCUCUUCAAAGGUCAGGAACUCCACAGAAAUCAUGUAAAAGAACCACCUCAUGUUUCCUAAGACUCUUACUCUGAAACAGAAAGAAGAGGUUAAAUUUCCCUGGUAGCCGCUAGAGGAAGCGUAGCCAAAGCCAAACUGUACUUAAAAUGAAUGCUGUGGAAAUGGUAACUAUUAGCAUUUUACCUUGCCAGACAUUGUAUCUGUAUCAGUCAUUUUGUUUUCCUUCGGCUUUUGUCUUAGUCACGACUUUUAUUAGAAAAACCAAAUGAUACAGUUUAAAUGGCUGUAGUGCCUUAGAUGGGUUCUUAUUUGCCGCUGUAGUUCAGGUACAGGAUGACAACAAGGCUUAGAUUUGAUAGCCAAAGUGCUCAAGUGUCUCUGAGCAAGAUUUGUGUUUUGUUUUUGUUUUUUUCAUAGCGCCUGUAGGGGGAGACAAAAACAUUCUCUCAAUGCGCAGUUUCAACUUUCUUUUAACUGUGGCCAUAACAACAUUUUGUUUAAGGUGUUUCCACAAAAAAUGGCUUUUGCUGAACUAUUUUACCUGUCAUCUUUUUUUUACUAUUAUUAUUAGUUCCCUGAUAAAAUUGUAAAAUUAGUUGUUUCUUCCCCAUUCUCGACAUUAAUAUUUCUGGCCGCUGUCCGUCAGGUAGUGUGUACACUGAGGAUUUAUUUUAUAUAUAUAUUUUUUAAAACAAAUCUCUCUGAUCAGGACUCAUAAUAUUUGGUGGAGUUAACUGGUAUGAAGGUGGACUCCACUAGUGACCAGUAUGAUCAGAAAUCAGAAAAUAUUAGGUGUUGUGAUUUUAUUCCUUUCUCCAUUUCUUUGAGUUUGUUUACAUGCACCCUGUGAACGUAAAAGACACAAGCAUUUUUUUCCUUUCAGUCGCUUAAAAGUCAGAGAGAGUGAUCUGGCUAAUGCCUAGAGCCGAUGAAAAGCUUAAAAAGGCAAGACCCGGGGUAAUAAAAACAAAUAUAUAAAUAUAUCAGCCUCUGAUGUUACCUCAAAUGCAGAGUGCACGUAAACACACCCACUGCAGCCGUCUUUAGAAAUUCCAUAGGUGUAGCUGUGUGAAGCUUUGGAAAUGUCACUUGAUUCGAUGCGAGUAGGUGUAUGUAGACUUACUAUCGAUGCAGAGUGUGAAGGCAGGAUGAAAAUAAAUUAAAAACCAACCCAAGACACGGGCCCUCAUACUCUCACUGCAUAACGAGGUUUAUUCUUAAUGCACUAUAUACACUUUAUCUUACGUGACUGCUACAGUAUGAUGUGUAAUGACAAAUAUUAAUAUGAUUAUUUAGAAAUAUAUAUUUUUGGUGCGGACUUAAUCUUUGGUAACUUUUCAUGGUUUGACUUAUUGUCUUUGCUUUCGUGUACAGGUGGGUCAGGGGAGACAAUGCAAUACAUUAUAUUACAGGAGAAAUAAAAGCAUGUGAAACCUGU